AUGGAAGCAUUGAGUAAGUCGUCAAGCUGCAACCGGUUACAAUUGCGAGCCACCGUCCCUUUGUCUGCGGCACCCCAAAGAGGCGUCCCCCCCGUUGUCACGGUGACAUUAUGGAACCGUCUUCUAGCGAAAUUCUCUUCUAAGAACAAAGUGCUCGUUUCCCACUUUCUGACCGAGGGCGCACGUUUGCCUGCGCAGACAAUGAAUAGCCCAAGUACAAACUAA